UUUAUGAAUAUUAUUAAUCAGUUGUUAGCAGGAACAAAUCGUAUACAUCUUAAAUAUUCACUUAAGUUUUUCGCCUAAAUUUCUAGAUGUGCAACAAUAAGAACUUGAAUAAUACUUUAAAUGAUAAGUAAGACUAACUCAAUUUACUAUAAAAUACCCUCUUCUCAAAUAUGGUGAUAAAUUUCAUUUAAUUAUUAGUUGAUUGCUUCAUCAAUUUAAACUUUAGAAAAACAUUCCAAUCAAUAAUAGGUACAAGUUGUUGCCAAGUCAAAAAAGAUGUAAAUAAUCAAAGUUUAUGCUUUUAGUAGUAAACGUGAUAAUAAUUGUGGCCAUCCUGAGAGGGAACAUUAUGCUAAAGGUAUGUGUAGUAAUUGCUACCAUAAAUAUGGAAGGACCAAAAAGCCUUGGAUCUGUGGCCAUUAGAAAUUAUAUGCAUGUAAAUAUCAUAUAAUUCAUUUUAGAAGGAUUAUGUUAAAACUGUUACAUUAAUUAAUAUAAUCAAAAAAAAAGAGAAGCUUGGGUAGAUAAUGACAAACCAAAGUUAGAAGAAUAAAAAUAAUAAAUAUGA